AUGCUCUGCCCGACAGUCGAGAGGCGGUGCAAAGGCCGCAUGACCUGGCCUGGCCUUGCGGAAAGAUUGAGCAACACACAAACACACAGAGAGGUAGAGGGGGGGGAGGAGGGGAGAAGAUGGAGGGACUGGAGCCAGUAUCAUGUGGGCCAUGGCUACAUGUCGCACAAAAAGGGCAUUGUCAUUGGCGAGGUCGAGCCCCACAGGCCGAGCCUCCCUCUCGGCCCGGGGCAUCCGAGAGCCGGGCCGCCGGGAGGUGAGCAGGCCGAGGACAGAGGCCCGACUGCCCGGCCGCCUGAAUUCCCAUUGGCUGGUCUGCUCGGCCCUCUUCUGGCCCCUUCAAGCGGCCGCAGCACUGUCCGGGACCCUGUCAUCCCACGGCACCGACUUCCACUCGAACUCUCGAGAUCAGGGCUUCGAAGAAUAGCAUAA